AUGGGAGAGGAAAGCAAAGCAGUUGUACAUGGUACCUGGGCAAGCGCUUUCACAAAGAGAGUGGAAUUGGCUCUGAAAAUCAAAGGCAUACCUUUCGAGUAUGUCGAAGAAAAUCUGAGGAACAAGAGUCCUUUGCUCCUCAAAUACAAUCCAGUUCACAAAAAGGUCCCUGUCCUUGUUCAUAAUGGAAAGCCAAUAUGUGAAUCAGUCAUUAUUCUUGAGUACAUUGAUGAAACCUGGCCUAGUGGAACUAAACUCCUGCCUCAGGAGCCAUAUCAAAGAGCCAAAUUUCGUUUUUGGGCUGCUUACAUCGAACAGCUGCUAGAGAGCGUGGCUAAACUCUUCAAUGCUGAAAAGGCAGCACAGGGGAAAGCCCUUGAAGAAGUGCAUGAGAAGCUGAGAAUUUUGGAAGAUGGAGUGAAGGAAUUCUACUUUGUAGAGAAAAGUCCUGAUCAUGUCCAUGCUGAAAAAUUGGGGAUGCUAGAUAUUAUGAUGGUUGGACAUCUAGUUGCCUUCAAGGCACAGGAAGAGGUUCUUGGUGUGAAGAUUAUAGAUCCUGAGAAGAAUCCAUUCAUUGCCUCGUGGAUUCAAGCUCUAAUUCAACUGCCUAUAGUAAAGGAAACACUCCCGCCUCAUGACAAUAUGGUUGGUCUGCUUCAAUUUGUUAAGCAAACUGGCAUCAAACUCAUGGACAAAAGUCGCGGUCACGAUCGUGGUCUUGAAAGCAAACUUCAAUCUUCUACAUAA